CUUGUAUGUUAACACAUUUUAUGUAAGUGGUGAAAAAGUUCACCAAGGACAAGUUUCAUUCCCGCAAAAUUAUCCAUUGAUAAAUUCAAUGGUUACGUCAGAUAGACCUAUUUAUUUUCCAUCAGAAUUCCAAACUUUAAAUCCAUAUUUCUCAUCAAACAAUUACGACGACCCUUACAAACUUUUACCCUCAAUUCAAGCAAAAUUAUCGCAUGCAUUUCCAACAUCUUUUCCAAUUUUACUAACACCAGCAACGGAUUACAAAGACGGAUUGCAAAGACGAACAGAGAGCAAUGAAAUAUUCAAUAAAACUGCACCAACGCCGUUCACGUACAAUCAAACAAAAAUGAAUUCAAACAUUAAGGAAACAGAAAGAAGAAUAUUCCCAACAAAUUCACAAGUAUUGAAUUAUAAACAAAUUGAUAGAAUGGAUAGCAAAGCAUCGCCGCAAGUUACUCCGUCUACAGAAGGUACAAAAUCAUCUACAAAUGCUGCAUCUAAGAAGUUUAUAAUAUCAACAGAUAAUGUAAACAAUCAAGAUCUUGAACAAAAAGCUUCAUACCAUAAUAUACACUUUGCUCCUCCUCCAAAUGUAUACAUACAAUCUACCACAGAAAUUGCAAUACCUAUACUAAGACUGUCUAAUGAGAUGGAUUUGGAUGGAAGCUUUAGCUAUGAAGCCUUAGGUGCGGAUCAAACUCAUUAUGUGCAGCACAGUCAUAUGGAAAACUUGGGUACUGACAAGGAAAGUCAAGUUGUUGAAGGUUCAUAUUCAUAUGUUGGUGACAAUGGACAAACGUACACUGUGCACUACAUCGCUGAUUCUAAUGGAUAUCGAGCAACCGGCGACCAUUUGCCAGUACCGCCGCCAGUUCCUGAGAUCAUUCAAAGAUCAAUACAAUACAAUCUUGCUGAAGAAGCUAAAAAACCGCCACAUCUAAGAUAUUAUUAUGAUGAUGAAAGUGAUGGUAUUUAUAACCACGACAAAAACAAUCAAAACUACAUACCUAUUCAAAAUAAUUUAUUCACUGGACGAACACCGGAAGCCUUUUCUUUUGGGCUUCCACAAAGAUCAUCUUUACAAAACGACUUAGCAGCAACAAAUUCCAAAGAACCGGUAAAUCAAAACAUAGAAUUCACUGAAGAUAAAUUUAAAAGAAAUACAAAUUUUGAAACUCUAGAACCUCAAGUCACAUUUUUAGCAUCACAAGGUGCAAAUUUACCUUUGAGUAAACCCCAAAAAUCAACUUUACCGCAGUUAGUAAAUUAUGAGUCAAGCCAAAACAACCCAAAUUCAAAAGAAUCUGAAAAUACAAAAGCCCUUUGGAGAUGGCAAUAUGGUUCAAAUAGUAACAUCGAAAACCUUAACCCUACAAAAAAUCUUAUAUCAAGAUCUUCCAGCGAAGGAGAUGACGUUAUCAUAAAUUUUAAUGAAAUGACACCCAUGGAAUAUUCAAAAGCUAUUAGAAAUUACGAAAAUUCAAACACUAAUCCAAAUUUUGACUUAUUCCAAGAACAGCAACCAAAGUCAGAUAGUAACUACAACUAUUCAAAUAAUGAUAAAUACAGAAAUGCUAAUAACAGCUCCGAAAAUGACUACGAUUAUGGUAUAAAUAACCAUAAAGUUAAGAUUUCUGGAACCGAACCUGCAUUUAGUCAGAUAAUUGGUGGAUACAAGUUCGAUGACCAUUUUAGCAGUACUCAACCAAAUAAACAGGAAGAAACGUUUAAAGCAAUUAACCCAUACAUUUUUGCAGUUUCUACUGAUGCACCACAAUGGUUGGACUAUGAAAGUGUUUCUUAUAAACCAAAAUUAAUGUCUUCAUAUUAUAAUACAGAUAAUAUAAAUAAAUAUCCAACAUAUGAAUAUUUGACAAACGAAACUGACUUUACAUACAAUCAAUAUUACAAUUAUACAGACAAUAAAAAAGUCAAUUUAAAUGAAGAAAAAAUAUCGUCUAGUACAAUAAGUCCAACGAAUAACAUGAUACAUGAUCAAGAGAAACAGGAAUUUCAAGAAGUUCGAAUACUACCAAAGCGGCAAGAAACUAUACCACAAUACAAUAAGGAACAAGUCACUACUGAAGGCAAUAUUAAUGAAAUGCUUCGAAACAAUCUCUUUUUAAGAAAUCUCUUCAAGAAAAGAAAUCCUGUUAUGCAACAAAAUUACUUACAACAUGAGAUUCGUACUGAAUCCAAUAUGGAUCACAUUAAUUCAACUCCAAAACCAGUUGAUUCUGAAACACAAUACGUUAUAAUUACAUCUCCAAAAACUAUUAGAAAUGAACCAACACCUCCAAAUGAAGUAAAAUUUAUAGAAAAGAAACCUUUGGACAUGUCAGAUGUCUUAUAUUACGUGAUCAAUAAAAACAUUUUUGAAUCGAAUAAAUUAAAAUCAAAAAGAAAACUAACGCAACUUAACAACGAUAGUAAAUAUGGAUCUCAUGAUUUAAACAAUGAUUCGCAAAACAAGGAAAUCAAAACAGAAUCGUCAAUAAAUCAGAAUAACUUUCGAUUACAACCGCAGCAACAAGAAAUACGUGGCGUUUUGAAGAAUUACAAAGUGAUACAGCGAAAUAAUGUAAGAAAGUCUAAUAAAGAACAAGAAAAUCAUUCACAAAAUGUUCAUGAAUUAAAAAAUCAGAGUAUUUACUCAAUGAAACCGCAUUUAGGUCGAGCAGGACCUUCAACGAAGAGCUAUCUACCACCAGUAUUUUUAUAA